AUGUCCAGAUCUGAGGAGUCCGAAUUCACAACUUGGUCUGAAAAUGCGAAACAAACCGAAUUGAAUGUCGAUUCUCAAACAGGUAUCCCUGAGAUUGCCAAAGCUGCAAUCAAAGGGACAUGGCAAGUCAAGAAAGGCAUCACUGGCGCUGUCUUGCUCAUGAAUAAGCCUCGCAUGAAACGCAUUACUUCAGACGUCCUGAAGAACUCGCGAAAAUCCACCUCUUUCAAUCCAUGUGCCUCCUUACCAAAGCCGUCUAUUGCCCUGCCUUCUCCAUGUACCUUUCAGAUACAAGUGGCUCUUCUAGAUUCUACGCCUAUUGCGGACUCGGAGCCUGUGGGCACAGUUGAUUCCAUGGCUAGUAUGAGAUGGUGGAGUGACGCACAAACUGGAUUAACACGCAAUGGAUGCAAUACAGAGCAUUGCUACUCCCCUUUAUAUGAACUUUUGCAUGCGAGGCGCCCUCGUCAUAGGCAAGCGACACCAUCCCCAGAGCGUGCAAGAUGGCUAGUCUCUCCCGUCCCGUGGGCGCCUCUUGGUGAGGAUGGCACAGAGGUGCCGAUAUACAUCCGGAGUCGUAAGUACACUCAACAAGCAAAGACCGCAUUGUCAUUACAACAGCAUCAUCCGCCAGAGGAUCUCCACUACCCAGUAUUGGUUACCCUAAACCCACCUGCAGAUCCAGACGUCACUAACACUGCUACACGGUUCGCUUACGACCACUCCAUCCUCGACACCAAGACGAUCAUCGCUCAAAAGGCAAUGCCGAACAUUAAGGGCCACAGCGGUGUCCUGUCCGCAGAAGCGUGGCUUGGGUACGGAUUUCAUGAGAACAGGUUUACGUCCGGUUAA